AUGUCUACGCUCAUUACACCACCGGCGCCUUCAGGCUGCCUGUCAUCAUCCCAAAUCUCUCAACUCCUUUCCCACAUUCAACUACCGCCUCAUCUCCAUGGUGCCGCACCCUCGCUGGAUCUCCUCCAAUCACUACACACACACAUGUUGGCAACCUGCCCAUAUGAGAACCUCUCCAUCCACUACAAUCCCAAGCACCGGGUUGACCUGGACCCGCAAACGCUCUUUCGGAAGAUUGUGACUGACGCGCGCGGACGCGGGGGUUACUGCAUGGAGCUGGCCAUCCUGUACAACCACCUGCUCCGCGGCCUCGGCUUCGAGGCUUACACGGCUGGCGCCCGGACGCGGCCCCGCAUCGACGGCGUUCCCGGCGGGCAAUAUCCGGGCUGGUGUCACAUUGUCAAUAUUGUCACGCUACCUGAUGGUGACCGUUAUGCCGUCGAUGUUGCCUUUGGCGGGGACGGGCCUACUGCACCUUUACCGCUGACUGAUGGUUUCGUUCACCGCAAUCUUGGGACCCAAGAGGUGCGCCUCAUUCGCGACUGGGCCCCAUCGCAAGCUCAUCGCGCAGAAGAAGCAAAGAUGUGGGUUUAUCAAUAUCGCAAUGGUCAGAACAGGGAGUGGAACUCAUACUAUGGCUUUACCGAGAUUGAAUUCAUGGCUGCCGACUGGAACGUUGUCAACUACUGGACGAGUACGUGCCCAGACUCCCAUCAGACGAGAACUGUGCUCGUCGUCAGGUUCCUCGCGCGCCAAAAAGAGGGCAGUAAGCAAGGUGAAUUGGAAGUAUACGGGAAGCGCAUGUUGGUGAACGGUACUGUCAAGGAGAAUCUUGGUGGCAAAACACAAACUCUUGCCGAUUAUGGAACAGAGGCGGAGCGCCUAGAAGCUCUGAAAAUUCAUUUCAAAAUCACACUGAGUUUGGAGGAAGCCAAAAGUAUUAAAGGUUGGGUGACUGACCUCGACCUGGCUGCGUCAUAA